UAGUCAUCAUUGUAGCCCCAUUUAUUACACCUUGUCUUUUGCUUCUUUCUUUCUUUUUUUUUUUCAUUGUUCCUUGCUGAAAAUGCUCUUUGCCUCUCUUUUCUCCCAUCUCUCAAACCUUUUGUGACUGUGUUUGCAGGCCUCCCUCACCUGUCCUGCAACUAGGGUUUCCUCUUUAAAAACACUCUCUCACAUUCAAUAAUAAAGCCUUAUAAGGAAUUUUUCAUCUUUCUGUGGCUGCAUAGUCUUUUCCAUUGGUACAAACCAAUCAAAGAGACAGAGAUCUUGAAAGAGCCUACUCAAAGGGAAAAGAGGUAAGCUGUUUGGCAGGUCAGAAAAAGCCAAAGUUGUUUGAAAAGAAGAUGGCAGAGAGUAUUUUUCUUUAAGCAAUUUCUCAUGAACUCUUCGUAGUCCUUAACCUAGCUGUUUCUCAAAGAAGUCUUGAUAUAUUGAAUUCAGAACUAAGGCCUUUUUCCAGUUUAACAAAGUCAAUGAACUUCCAGCUUCCGGAAGAAAAUCAAAGAUAUACUACUUAACUAAUUUUUACUUUAUCAUCCAUAUAUAUAACCCCAAAUUUGACUUCAUGGUUGACUUGAUGCAUGCAAUUAUUUGUUGCUGAGAAGAUGGCUUCUUCCAGCUAUUCAAAUUCUCCAUGUGCUGCCUGCAAGUGCUUGAGGAGAAAAUGCAUGCCAGAUUGUAUUUUUGCACCAUAUUUUCCACCUGAAGAGCCACAGAAAUUUGCCAAUGUUCACAAAAUAUUUGGUGCAAGCAAUGUUAGCAAACUGCUUAAUGAAGUACCACCCCAUCAAAGGGAAGAUGCAGUGAACUCCCUUGCCUAUGAAGCUGAGGCAAGGAUGAAAGAUCCUGUUUAUGGCUGUGUUGGAGCCAUUUCAGUUCUCCAAAGACAGGUAAUGAGACUCCAAAGGGAAUUGGAUGCUACUAAUGCUGAUUUAAUCCGAUAUGCCUGCAAUGAAAUGCCACCUGCAGCAGCAUUCCAGUAUGGAAGAAGAACAGAAACUGGUCAUGGAGGAACUUCAUUUAAUCAAAAUACUGGUUUUUACUAUCCCUCUCAGUGGAAUGACCAUUGUGGAGACAAUGAGAGAUCAGGUGAUGGAAGCAUGUGAAUCUAUAUCAUGUAAUUAUUAAUGUAGCUGUAUCAUUUUCUAUGUGCAAAAUUAUUAUAAGGUGGGAAGUCCCAUUUAGCUGGCUUUAGGGUUUUCUAGUUAUGGAAUUUGAUAAGGGACCAUGUGUCAUAUCAUGGUAUUUUUAUGAUAUGCCAUUAUAUACCCUGAUGAAAUGUUAUUCUCAGUGUCUUAUUACUUUGUGAAAAUGAUCUCCAUAUAUAACAAUAUCAUGCGACUGUUCUUGUUUUAUUCAGAGAUUCUAUGUAUGUAACAUGCCUCUAACUGAAGUUAUCAACUAAAUUAUGUUUUAAUUCAUUCGUGAAGAUCAUAAGAGUAUAGCUUCUGAGAAGGUUUCCAAGCUAGCAUUAAGGUUCAUUUUCCUUGGUGCUUGAGUUUAAGCAGCUUGGAUAGGAUAUAAAAACCCAUAACUUAAACAUCUAUAAGAUAGCUCCAUCUCUAUUUUAUCAGGCAAAACAGAAGGAAAAUAAGGCUUGUAACACUUUGGAUAAGAAGCUUCCUAU